AUGGGGGCUGCCUCUACGAAGUACGGAGUCUGUCCACAGGCCGCUUUCCACAUCCGGGUUCAAAUUGACCAAUUCGAAUCGAAAUGGCUCACGUCGGAAUGUCGUCAUCGAAGAUCGCCGCUUGCCGACGACUGGACUCCCCCGGGGAAAACGACAGCAGCACGCGAACAAAAAACACCCCGUCAAGCACAACGGAAUAGAGCGACUGGAAACGUGUCGACCAUGUUCCGUGCAGUGACUUCUUCCGCGGCGCGGCGAACAGCCCAAAAGUUGUCUUCCUCUUCGUCUAGAGGCCUUCCGGGAUGUGCAGUUCCUCGUGUGGAAUUCCACGCCAGUGCCAAGCGUGAGGAAGAUGCCAAGGCGACUCCCGCACCCGUGGAAGAAAAGAAGGGCUUUUGGGAUCCAUCCUACAGCAUCCCGCUCGGUAUCGCACUAGCAGUACCCGUACUGAAAUACGAGUGGUACAUAGUCAACGAAGAAACCCAGCUAGCGGCCUGUAUGAUGGCGUUUUCCUUGAUUGUGUACAAGCAGUUCGGUGGUGUCAUUUACGAAGCCCUGGAGCAAGAUGGCAAGCGUAUCCUCGCCGAGCACAACGCUGUGGAAGACGAAGAUAUUGCCGCACUGGAAUUCAAGAUCAACGACGUCAAGGCUCAGUCUCAAAUUGUCCAAGAUGCCGAAGACAUCAAGGCCCUCAAGAUUCAAACGUACCAAAAGUUGAACGAAGUUGGAAAAAUCAAGCCACAGUACGAAUUCAAGAGCCAGAUUGAAAAAUUGCUGUCCCUGAUGGCGACGGAAGAAGCCAACAUGACCGAAAAGGCCAAGGCUGCGCUCAUGCUGGAAGCCACAGACGCCGUCAAGGCCGACUUUGCCACGUCCAAGGAGCUCAAGAAGAGUUCUCUGCAAGGUGCUAUUGCGACGCUCAAAGGAGCGGCGGACAAGUCGGAUCCCGUCAAGGAUGCUUAUCUCAAGUUUUUCCGGGCCAAGGCCAAGUCGACGGUUGACGAAAAGGCCGAAGCGGCCGCCGCUCGUGAACAAAUGAUCACCAAGCUCAACGCUGUCGCUCGUUCGGAAGGUUUCUUUUUUGAAUUCGAUGCUUCCGGCAAGCCCAAGAUGAUUGUGUAAGCCUAAUAUUAUUCUUUGAAAGAGCAUUUUCUCGUAAAAA